AUGUUUUCCUGGACGAACCCUGUCCUUCGUGUCCCUCAUUUCCAUCAGCACCAGCAAACCAGCAUGGCAUCCCUUCCCGCCUCUCUCCACCGCACCUCACCAAUCUCUCUCCCGGCGUUGCUCCUCCUCUUGCUGCUGCUGCAUGCAGCAGCCAUUGCUCUUUUCACUCGAGGAUUCCUCCUCACGCGCGUGGAGCUAUCAGUCCGAAGCACGCCUUCAGAUCGCACGGCGUGGCGAUCAGGCACUGGGGAAUUUCUGAAAUGCACAGACGGAGGAGAAGGGGGGGAAACCGGAGGGAAAAAAGGGCGGCCUGGAUCGUGGAUAGGGCGGUUGAAGGCGGUGGGGGAGAUAGUGAAAUCUAUGGGGCAUGGUGCUGCUCUCUUCCGAUUCACUGCUGACCCUCCUACCACCUCGUUGCAGAGGAUCAAGGGGCUCACAACAGGUGGACUGCCCACGUUCAUUGAUGUGGGCAGCAGCUUCGGCAGCUACACCAUCACAGAGGACAACCUGCUCUUCCAGUUGCUAAGCGUGGGGAGGCGCCUGGAGAUGAUGGGUGAUGACACAUGGCUGGACGUCUUCCCCUCCGCCUUCAACCGAUCCACGCCCUUCCCCUCCCUCGUGGUCAAGGACAUUCACACAGUGGAUGACGGUGUGCUGGCCAGCAUCUUCCCAGCUCUCAACCGCGACGACUGGGACCUCCUCAUUGGUCACUUCCUCGGCGUGGACCACGUGGGGCACACCUUUGCAGUGGACUCGCCAAUUAUGGACACCAAGCUCGAUCAGAUGAACCAAAUGAUGCUCGACGUGGUGGAAGCAAUGAAGGCACAGGCACACAGGGGCGGCAGGCACGAGCGCUCGCUGCUGCUCUUCAUGAGCGACCAUGGGCAGACGCUCACAGGGGACCAUGGGGGAGGCACUCCUGAAGAGGCUCAUGCCUUCCUCCUCGCAGUCUCCAUGCAACCAGCACCGCACCCUCUCCCUACCUUUCUCUCUGCCUGCCCCUCCCCUGAGCAAGAAGGGGGAAAGGACAUGGAGCAAAGGGCUGGCGGUGGUGGUGGUGGAGACGGUGGUGGUGAGCAGGCCGAGGAGUGCUUCGAGGAGCUUCCGCAGAUUGAUUUCACUCCAACGCUCUCCGUUCUACUGGGUGCUCCCAUCCCCUUCGCCAGUGUGGGCAAGGUCAACCCGCACAUGCUUGCACUCUCCCCUGCCGCCUGGGAACCCCUGCAACCACCAGCAGCACACACAUGCAAUCACACAGAACCGGACUCAAAAAAACACACUAAGGAAGGUAGCACGGCCGACCCAGCUGUGCCGUUCCUCUCGCGCCUCUCCUCUGCUCUCAUGAUGAACGCCUGGCAGGUGCAUCGCUAUCUCUCUCGCUACUCCAGCGAAGCCCCCUCUCCCUUUCCCCACCAGCCUUUCUCCCACCUGCAACAACUCUACACCCACGCACAAUCCACCGCCACCCCUCUUCUCUCCUCCUCCUCUCCCACACCCUCCCGCUCCUCCUCUCUCACCUCCUCCAUUCAAGCCCAUCUCGCAUAUCUCGAUGCCGCUGCUGCUCUGGCUAGAUCCCAAUGGACUCAGUUCGGUAUCACUUCCAUGCUCUCUGCUCUCGCUCUCCUCCUCCUUUCUCUGCUUCUCCACCUGCUGCUUAUUCUCUGGUGCAUCGCCCCUCAUGUUGCUGGUUUCGGUUCUGCUGCUGCUGCUCGUGCUGACAAUGGUGAUGCUGCUGCAUCUGCCACUCGUGGUGGUGACGUUGUUGCUGCUGCUGCUGGUGGUAAUGCUGGUGGUGCUGGCGGUGCUUCUAGUCAUGGGCAAAUAUGGAUGGUGCUGUGGGCUAUGGUGAUGGUGCUCAUGCACUCCCUCAGUCUCAACUCCAACAGUUUCAUAAUGGCGGAGGGACACGUCACGGCUUUCCUGCUGGCCACGUCAGCACUGCUUCACCUGAGGCAAUCCCUCGUGGCGGGCAGCUGGAGGGGCGUUGUGCAGGCCUGCUCUCUGCUGCUAGUCAACGCCUUGCUCAUUGCCCUGGGUCUCUCCACCUCGCACAAGCUCUCCAACCAGGCCGCUGCAAUUCCCCUUCUCCUCCACGCUCUCUCAACCUCCCUCCUCUCUGCCCUUCGUCGAUCCCCUCCCAUCACCCAGCCAUCCACCACCAAAGCCAAUCAAUCUUCAAAUCACCAGCCAGCAUUACAAGAGCUCGGGCAUAUGUUUUUUUCACUUGCUGCCCUAGUACCACAGCUGGGCAUGUGGGUUGGCUAUGCAUUGCUAGCUUUCCUCUGGUUGCUCCAUGAUUCGCCUUCAUCCCUUGCAUUCCUCUCUGGUUACUCUCUGCUGCAACAGCCACAGCAGCAGCAACAAGGCAGCUUCCAGCAGCAGACAUUGGCUUACCUCGAAGCAAUGUUCCCAGUUUCGUCCUUGCAAGAGGCGAUACACCUGGGUGUCCCUCGCCUUGUCUUUGCAUCCUCUCUCCUUUUCUUUACCCUCACUCUCCUCAUGCUGGCCACUGGAUUCUUCUGCCGCUUUCUCUCAAAAACGUUGCGGGUACCCGUUGCUGCUGCUGCUACUCCUGUUGCUGGUGGACGCAAGGACGAGGGGAGUGGGAAGAGCAGGAAGAAGAUGAAGGGUGGUGCCGUAAGGACUGUUGAAAAGGCUCCAGAGUUUGAGAAGAAGCACAAUGGUCAGGUCUUGUCACCGCAGCAAUUUCCUGUGUACAACAGUGCACAGCAGCAGCAGCAGCAGCAGCAGCAGCAGCAGCAGCAGCAGCAGCAGCAGCAGCAGCAGCAGCAGCAGCAGCAGCAGCAGCAGCAGCAGCAGCAGCAACAGCAGCAAGCACAAGAGCAGAAGCUUGGCCGGAUGCUUUUUCUCAGCCUGAGUUACAGCCAUGCUUCAGUCCCAUCAUUCAUCCUGUGCUGUGUUGAGUGGAGCCUGCUUUCCUUCCUCCUCUUCUUUGCCUCAGGCCAUGCGUGA